AUGCAGAACACUUUCAACGCCACGCCUCAAAGUCAACCUGCUGGUCGGGUUGACACACCACCAGAGUCCCGGACGACGAACACCGUCCAAAAUGCUGCCCAAUGGCUUCGUCAACGAGGCCGCGACGAUGACAACUUCGAUGGCAGACAAUGGUGGGAGGAGUCAGAUUCGGAGUCUGACCAAGAAGAAAGCCCAUGUCGAUCGCCAAUCGUGGCAACAUCAGAGCCAACUUCUCCAAAGCCGUCGAUACGAUCCCCUGACGAUGACCUCGAUGUUGCACCAGUCCAACCUCAGCCUGCACAGUAUCCAACACGGAACGAUUCUCGUUACUGGCAGAAGUAUCGGGCGAACAUGAUGUACGAGGCCGACCCCGAAGAACCCACUCAAGAAGCCUCCGUACACUACCCUCAUGAUGCCCUGACCAUCAAUUCAGUCGAGUCGCAACCCGAUCACAGCCCACCACACAGUAAUCCCGGUUACUGGAAAGAGUAUUGGUCGAACGAGGCUUACUGGGAAUCUUACCAACAUCUUAGCAUUAAGCCAUCGCCGCUCAAGAUUGUUAAGAAAGAGAAGCCAGUAUCAGGAGAAGCUGAGCCGUCUUCAGAGCCGCCAGUACUGAAAGUUGACAAGCCACUUCCAGCCUUGCCCGACAUGCGGGUUACUGGAGUGAUGGCCAACGGUGUCAAGAUCAUCAGCCUUGCCGAAGCUCAAGCACAGCUCAAGGCAAGGGUUGAUAACGCGCCUGCGAUUGACGGCAUACAAGCUCAGCGUCCCAUCAAAGUCAAUGUCACGCCACCAGCUCCAGCUCGACGAAGACGAAUUCUCGGGCUCAGCAAGCUCACUGCAUCAAGUGCAUCGAGCAGUGGCACUUCGAACACAGCUUCGAAUACUCACAAGACAACUCCAACUGCUCCAGUCCCUGCACCUCCUACAUCCCAAGCACCUAUACGAGUAGUAGGCGAUCCGAGGAGAGACACGCUUUGGACCGACUUCAUGCCAUCACCAACUCGUCCGCCACCUCCGCCUCCGACAGAUGAGCGGAAGUGCCCCUGCCCAGAACACCGAGCAGAGCGAGCUGCGGCAUACACCAUCCCUCGAAAGCCAGUGCCGUCCGAGCAUUCCGAGAUGUCAGAACCUCUGCACAGUCCAUCGGUUCAAUACGAAAUCGACCGACUCCAGGACCGUGUUCAGCUCACCUACGACCCGGACGACGACUACGACCGAGAACCCGUCAUUGACACCUUUGUCCGUGCUGGUCAUACCAGCCUCCACAUCAAGGAGCGGGUUGACCCGCACACGAUGGCAUCGCACUACGGUAGGGAAGAGCGGCUCGAUGGCGACGAGAACGUGGAAAGGGCUAAGGCCAAGAUGCACGCAUAUCACGAGGCGAGGAGACUGGGCGUCGAGCCUUCGCCGACGACCGACUUCCGAUAG